GACGUUUCAGGAUACAGUCAGAGAUUUUGUUUACGUAAAUCAGGACUUUUUCUCCGCGAAAAUUUUUGAUUUAGUUAAAUUCCUGAAAUUCCUGGGGGCCAAGGCUUCGCAGUCAUGUCCUUCACGCUUAAUUCGCUGUCGGGCAACGCUAUAGCCACAAUGCAUCCCAUAAUGGGAAGUAUUGCAGGCGGGAGUGGCUUCAUUGCUCAACCCAUCGCCACGACCAGCGCCGCUUCAUUGUUGAGCAAUAGUCAACUGGAAUAUGCCCGUAAGCAAAGUCAAACCCAAUCCGGAGCCGCUCCGAUGGAUCUGGAGUCGGCCGCAGAGAGAGAUUCGAUGAAGGAAGUAUGUGUGAGUGAAAAGAAGGAACCAAUGGUUCAGAAGAGUGGUCCACUGGGAGUGGAUGCAAGUGGACAGAUUUUGUUCAACGGAUUGAUCCCUCAACCGCAAGGUUUCAUGAUGAUGGCCCCUGGAAUGAUGAACAUGAUGGAUGGUUCGUCGCUUAUCGGAAUGCAGACGUUCCCGGUUAUGGCCGCACAGCAGAUUAACACUGGAGUUGACAUCAGCCAACAGACGUUGGGUGUCGUUAGGACAGAGGAUGGCAGUAAAGAGAUCAUUUAUUGCAAAUCGUGUACAAUGUUUCCACCAAACCCAAACGUACCAACACCCAAAACGAUUGAUCGUCCACCUGGAUGCAGAACAGUGUUCGUGGGAGGUCUUCCGAAUUCCAUCACCGAAGAGAUUAUCCGUGAAAUAUUUGAACGUUGUGGGGAAAUUACUACCCUUAGGUUUUCUAAGAAAAACUUUUGUCAUAUUCGCUACGUUUACGAAGCAUCGGUGGACUCGGCGAUCUAUUUAUCUGGUUAUCGAAUCAAGUUGAGUACUGGUGGAUUCAAUUUCACUUCCCCUGAGCCGAAAGAUCCGGCUACCUUCGGACAACUCCAUGUUGAUUAUGCUCACGCUCGUGACGAUCAGUAUGACUACGAAUGCAGGCAACGAAAGCUACAACGAGAGCGCCGCCACCGGGAACGUGUCGAAGAUGAUCGUCUAAGACCUACUUCCCCUCAGCCAAUUGUUCAUUACACUGACCAUGAGGCAACUUCCGUCGCAGAAAAACUGAAAACAGACGAAACUUUCAUCAAAGCUGUCCAAACGCUCAUCACUUGGCUCGAGAGAGGAGAUUGCAACAAGAAGAACGCCAAUAAUUUUUACACAAUGAUUCAGAGCACCAACUCGCAUGUUCGGCGCUUGUUGAACGAGAAAGGAAUAACCGACGAGGAGUUGUGCCGGGCAAAGGAGCAAUACCGGAAGCAAAUGCAGUGUAUGCUGUCACAAUUCAAUCAGAUUGAAAAAGUGUUCAAUGCGGCCAGUCACAAGAAGGUUUGGGAUCAUUUUUCUAAAGCCCAGAGAAAGAACAUCGAUGCCUGGAAGAAGCAAUCGCUGGAAAUCAAAAGCGUUCAACUGGAUGAUCUCGGUGAUGACGAAAUGGACCUAUCGGAAGAUGACGGGUCCGCUCCCAAGAAGUCCCGUUGGGAUGUCCGAAAGGAACGUCGGGACAGUGCAUCAGAUGCGGACGCGCAAGCCGUACGAUCAGACCUUGAAAUGAAAACUAUGCAAAUUCAAGUCCUACAGGAGACAAUCCGGAAUCUACAAACCCAGUUACUUGAAAACAAAUCCAAAGAGACGGAACGUCAAAAUAAGGUUCAAGAUCUUGAAGACAAGCUGAAAGAAGCCAACGUGAAACAGUUGCUUUUAAAAACUAAAAUAGCUACAACGCAAUCGAAAUUGUCCCUCUGUACAACGAAUACUUCUUCCUCGAAGGGUGGUUCGGAGUUGGAUGAAAGCGAACUGUCAGAAUCGGAGCAUAAGCCCACUUCGGAAGCAACUUCCGCGCCGACGGUGGAUGUGACUCCCAUAGCGGAGCCACCAAAAAGCCCUCCUCCACCCGCAGUAAUUGAUCCGAAAGAAGCCAAAGUUAUCACUCUGGUUUCUGCCUUCCUAGUCGUACAUCCGCAUGGUGCCAGCAUCGACUACAUAUGGUCGUACGUGAAUCGCUAUGUUCCGGAGUUGAAAUCAAAACAGGUGGAAGAGGUGUUACAGCGAUACUCGGAUCUCUUCCGUGAAGAGAUGAGUGGCGUUGGCGCCAAAAUCGUACGCAAUUGGAAGUUCAGCGGAUUCGAGUGCAAGGAAGAAGAGGAAGGUGAAAAAUCGUAGAUAUCAAUCGAACGUUUAUAUCACAACUCACUACAAAAUUAGUAUUUAUUCGUCUUUCGUAAUUAUCGCAAACAUGUUGUUUUGUACGAAAUAAAUUUUAAUAUAAUAAAUUCGUUUAUUACAGUA